UCCAGACAGCGAUCCAAACAGAUGCAUCAUGCAUAUAUACUCGGCGAAACUUUCCAAAAACCAAUUUUUAGAGUGCAAUCAGAAUCGAAUCCUUUGACCCACACAUAAAUAGAGUGUUAAAAGCUCGUGGCAGAGUUGUUGGCUUUCCCCGUUCUAUCAAUCCUGCAAUGAGUUAUAUGUUUGAGCCUGAAAUCAGCACACGAAAAUGAAGAAAGGUACCAAAAGAAAACAACCGCUGAAUAGUUCCUCAUCAUCUUCAAUAACCAAAUCCCUGAAAAGGUCGAAAACCAUAGGUAUAGGAAACACAGAACCAUACCCAGACCACCCACGGCCCACCCCAGAUGAAUGCUUAGCACUGAGAGACGCCCUCUUGGCCCUUCAUGGUUUUCCCAAAGAAUUCCUAAAGUACCGCGAGCAAAGACUAAAGAAAGAAAAUCCAAGCUUUGAAAAGAAUUCUUUGAAACCUGAGCCACCGGAGAAAUUGCACGUUGAAGAAAAGAGUGAUUCUUCAGGAAAGUCCGAAGGGGAAGAGAGUGUGUUGGAUGGUUUAGUCAGCACUAUUCUGUCACAGAACACUACUGAUGUUAACUCUCAAAGGGCAUUUCUUUCUCUCAAGUCUGCUUUUCCCACCUGGGAAGAUGUUCUUGCUGCUGAGCCAAAUCAUAUUGAGGAUGCUAUAAGAUGCGGAGGUCUGGCACCAACCAAGGCUUCUUGUAUUAAAAGUAUUUUGAACUGCUUGUUCGAAAAGAGAGGAAAGUUGUGCUUGGAAUACCUACGAGACUUGUCUAUUGGAGAGGUCAAAGCAGAGCUCUCUCAAUUCAAAGGAAUCGGUCCCAAAACAGUGGCAUGUGUCUUGAUGUUUCAUCUUCAGCAAAACGAUUUCCCUGUGGACACUCAUGCAAGAAUCAAGAAUAUGGACCAAAACAUUGCAAUCUCAUUCCUCCUUUCACCCGCAAGGAGUUGUGUUGAUUACUUCUCUUGUGAUACUUCUGUUGAUAAUAAAAGAUUGAAACUCUUUGGCUUUGAGAUAGAUUCUUGCCAGAAGAGUACCACUGCUCCUAUAUCUGAAAGAGAUGAGCGUGUAAGUUCCUCAGACACUGUUUUGUCGAAGGGCGGCAAAAAUCUUCCAGGAAAGGGUUGUAUAUCUGUUGAUUCAUCAAAGGUUGUACAUUCUAGGACUGAUGAUCUGCCUAAAGCCACUGGAAAUCCUCUGUGUUCCAUUGAGCUUCAGAAGUACAACUGUGAAUUCUGUUCCAAGAAGUUCACAAAGUCACAGGCCUUGGGAGGUCACCAGAAUGCUCAUAGAAAGGAAAGGCUGAUGAAAAAAGGCAUACAGCUUCAAGCCAAAAGGACAGGCUCUAAUGCCAAAAUUUUAUCUUUUUCUGACUAGCAAUGCUGUAAUCUACCAUUAUUCUCCCCCAGAUCUUGGAGAUCUGGCUUUCUGUCUUUCUGUUUGCAUUCUCGGUAAACCUCAGAUAUAUAGUUUUGAUUCUCUAAAUCAACAUCAAAACUUCGAUGGUCUCCAUUUCUCACA